AUGCACAAUUUCAUGAGAAGAUGUUUGAUUCGUAGAGCUGUUCAUCUGCGAGGCCCAACUUCAGGACCUAGAACUCACGCUAGCGGCCUUCCAAUUCAGUUUCGCGGCAACUAUCAUGGGGAUUUGCGUCAUGGGGAAAACGCAACAUGCAAACUGAUGUCGGUGGAGACGAAGUUGCUACUCUCUGAUAGGCGCUGGUCGUGUGCCUUGGCCAUGGGAAUGUCGGUCACAAUUGCACAUUACUUUCCCAAGUUUCUGCGGAACUUCUGGACAUUGAACGCAUACGAUGUGUAUACGAACGAACUCACGGAGGUAAAUUUGGAUGGCUUCGAUUCUGAUGUGUCCGUGUUUCAAGACCUGAUUCGGGAAGAACUACUAUAUUCCGAGACCCAGUGCGCGCUUGCAGAUGCAGAGGCAUGUUUUGCCAAGCUGCAAUGCCGAGCCGAAGAAAUCCUCACAGAAAUCAUCCGUGCUAUUCGCCUGCCUAAACCCGAAGGAAUAGUUCCCAGUACUCUGAAAUUGUCCAUCGGAUUCUAUAUAACUCCAGAACAGACCAUAAACUGGAUGUCGCGCCGUACCGGUAUCUAUUCACCCAAGUGCAAUUUCACUACGUGGGAAGUCGAUGACACACCUAUCAGUCAAGACGUCAUCGAAAACGCUAUUGACAUCUAUUGUUGGGACGUUGCUGAAGGGUCGGAGAUCUUCGUUGGUGUCACAGCUGAUGAGAACGCCGAAUUUCUAUUGUCAGACGCGUGCUAUGGCACACUGGAUGAAAACUUUGGACUUGAUACGGGGGAAGAGAAUGUCGAUCUGUGCAAUUUCUUCUUCCCUAUCCUCCCCACUGUUGCUGUGUACAUCCUCGGUACAAUCACCAGAUCCUCGCAUUUGCGUCCCGCCCAAAUUGUUCUUGACCGCGAGUCCGAGAUAGACGUUCACCUUCGGAAUGCUAUGAUCCUCUCCGCUGCAACCACGUACGAACCAAUCUUCACCAAAGUUAUACUUUUCUUCCCUCUCCUCCAUCACGCGCUCGAUCUCGUCGGGAUGUGGUGGAUCGAGUGGAGAAGAAGGACAAGGGCCGUGGCGGUCAAGUUUUUCCGGCGGGUGAUGGUACAGAAUGUGAAGGAGAAACUGUACAAGAGGCUGCAAGCAGAAGUGCUGACUUGGCAUCAUCUAUGCCAUAGGAACGUGUCGCAGUUGUAUGGGAUCGUGCAGACCGAGAUGAGUGUGGGAAUGGUUUCGGCGUGGUGCGAGCACGGGACUAUCAAGCAUUAUCUGAAGAGCGUCAAUCCAAAGGCCAAUCGGAUGAAAUUGCCUAUUCAUGACUUCAAGCCCCCCAUUGUUCAUGGUGACCUGAAAGGGGGAAAUAUCUUGAUUGAUUAUCAAGGCUAUGCCAUUAUCACGGAUUUCGGUCUGAGCAAGGUCAUGUCAGACUUCUCAACUUCCGAUGGGAUAUUGUGUUCUUCGUUCUUCGCAGGGACAAUGCGAUGGAUGGCACCGGAGAUGAUUCUGGCCCUUGUCGACGACGAGUCAGAGGCAAAGGUGCCACGGGUGACCACUGCGAGUGAUGUUUAUGCUUUCGGCUCGGUCUGUCUAGAGAUUAUGACUGGUGCUCUGCCCUACCCAUGUCGGAAGCAUGACCCUGGAGUAAUGAUUGAUAUAAUGAGAGGGAUCAAGCCGUCCAGGGGCGCGCCAACGCCAGAUUCCGAGGCGUUUAGUAUGCUGUUGGAUGCUUGUUGGAGACAAGAAGCUGCGUUGAGGCCUAAGAUGGGUGAGGUGUUGAAAUGCCUCAUAAGGAUGGAUGAUCAUGCAGGAAAUGAGAAAAUUGUUCGAUUCGCCUAUGUCAUCGUUUCGUUAUGA